GUUAUAAACACUACAGACAGGACCCAGUGGCCUUUAGAUUGCAUGACAUGAGGCAUGUGGAGCUAGAGGUCGAAGUUAGCCUGGAAAACAAUCCUGAUUAGAAUCUGUCUAGUGUCGAUAAGGUAGCACAUGCCAGCGCAGUAACGAUGGCAUCAUUUCGAUGCAUAGCUCUCACGCCAAACUUGAGGUUUAUUGUCAAAAGUUACUCAUCAGGUUUUACGAACAAUCUUCCAAAGCUUUUGGACGUUGGAGUUUGUGCAGCAUUUCCAAGCACUGUGAACAGUCAGUUCAUUUCGUCAAGAAACUUGUCAACAUCGCCAUUGUUGCAAUCAAGUCUUCUUCAUGACAGUCAAGGCUUGUUUUCCCCUUUCUCUAAACAGUCAGUCCUAGAUACUCUGCCUGUUGGUGUGAGUCACUUUAGCACCAGUCACAAGUUGGUUGCGAAUGAGAAAGGAACAGAUGAGACUAAAACCCAGAAAGUAGGUGAGGAAAAAGAUGACAGUACACUGACAGUGUUCCAGCGAUUCAAGAAAACCUAUAGAGAGCAUGGGAAGAUCCUAAUAGGUGUGCACUGUGUGACUUCUGUGGUCUGGUUCGGUUCCUUCUACAUGGCUGCAGUCAGUGGAGUAGACAUUGUGCCACUGAUGGAACAACUGGGACUGAGCGAGACUCUGAUUAAACCCUUCCGCGCCGGGGGCCUAGGGUUCGUGGCCUUGGCCUACCUGAUGUAUAAGCUGGCCACACCCGCCCGCUACACAUUGACUCUUGGGGGGACCAACAUGGCCAUACGCUAUAUGCGUCGGUCAGGAAAAAUGGAACCCAUCGCAGAAGGCGAAAAGAUCAGGAACCUGUACAAAGCUGGCAAAGUGGAAUUCAAAGAUCGUCAGUUGACUUUCAGAGAAAGACGGAGUGUUAUAAUUAGGAACCGGAAAUUAUCUCGAGAUAAAGAAUCGUGAUAUUCAUGGAAAAAUGUAUCAUCUUGGUGAAAACAAACAUUGUUUAUUCUCUGAAACACAUUAUCAGCACAAUGCCAAAAUAUAUCUGUAUUACAAUUCUGCUUUUUCAGCUUUUUGUCUCAAUCAUGGAGGCCUGUUUUUUAUUUGGAAGACUACCUAUCUUGUAUGCAAGGAGUUGCUACUUAUGCUGCCAAUUAGUAAUGGAAUGAAAAUGGUGAUAUAAUUGAAUCUGUCUAAAACAGGCUUGUGUGGGACUGGGGAACAAGGUGUGUCAAUUACCGUAUUUGACGUAAUAAGUGCCCAGGGAGCUCUCAAAAUUAGAAAUAGGGGGCUCUUAUUAGAAUGUUAUUUUGGGGGAAAAAAACAGGGUUGAAAGAUAAAUUUCGUGGUUUAUGCUGA